CAUAAUUGGGCCCAAACGACAAGCCCUAACUUCAACCCGCUCCACUCCUUCCAUAUAAAAUUCCCUUUAUUUUGGCCCAAAAUCGAAACGCCGCAGUCUCUCUUCUGUAAAAAUCUCCGGCGAACUCGAUCGACAGCUCCUGCCGCGGCGAUAAUGGCGGUUCCGGCGAGAAUCAACGGCGAAGAGGAGGAAGAAGACGAAGGGAUAUUUGAAGAGGGAGAAGAGUGGGUGGAUCUCGACAGCGACGUUCCUCCUCAUCUCCGAGCCCUCGCCGACGCCGCUCAGCGUGGCGACGUAGCAGCCCUGAGUGCUGCCCUAGAUAGUCACACUGGCAGCAUCAAUGAUCCAGUCGAAGAUGGUGAUACUGUUCUGCAUCUUUGCUGUCUAUACGGCUACCUUCCUUGUGUCCAGCUUUUGCUGGAAAGAGGAGCUAGCUUAGAAUCCAAGGAUGAGGAAGGUGCAAUACCACUUCAUGAUGCUUGUGCGGGAGGUUUUCUUGAAAUUGUGCAAUUUAUAAUUAAUUCGGCUGGGAAUCAUGAUUUCGUAAAGCGAAUGCUAGACACAACUGACACUGAGGGCGAUACGCCUCUUCAUCAUGCAGCAAGAGGUGAGCAUUUGGAUGUUGUAAAUUUGCUUCUUUCAGCUGGGGCCUCACCCAAGACAACAAAUACUUAUGGAAAGAGUCCUGCUGAGCUUGCUGAACCAGGUCCUGUUCGAAGAACAUUAGAAGCAGCAGCUGGAAAUAAUUUAUGAUCGACAUGACAAGGAGCAGUUUCUGGCGUGGAAUGACAAUUUUGCAGGGUAUUCAUGCUUAUCGAACUGUUUGGCAACCCAGUGCUCGCUAUGCUUGAGUUAAACAGCUGCAUACAAUGGUAAAUUGUCAUUUGACAAUCAGAGUAUAGACAUUUUGUUACAUUAGUAGAUUUUGUGCAUAUAAGUAAUUGAAGCUCAUGACUGUAUUGAUUCUGGUAUGAAUAUUUGUUUAGUGCUUCAAUUUAUUCUCUUCAGAC